AUGGGCUGGCUUAUGGCGGCAUACGAGCUGGGCAAGAACGUCUUCGGGGAGGAGGCACUCACCGAGCUCAUCUCGUGCGUCACCGAUCCCAAGCACGCCGACGGCAAGACAGUCGUCAUCCUCGCCGGCUACAAGGCCAACAUGCUUGCCAUGCUCGACACCAAUCCGGGCGCCAAGUCGCGCUUCCGCAAGACAUGGGAGUUUCCGGACUGGACCGCCGACGACUGCACCACCUUUGUGGCGCGGCGGGCCCAGGCGACUGGCUUUACCAUCCGCCCCGAUGGCGGCGUACCGGCCGAGCUCCGCUCCGGCUUUGCCGCUCUUCUCUCUCGUCCCGGAUGGGCCAACGCCCGCGACGCUGUCUCGGCCUACGAGGAGAUGGUCGAGGCGCGGGCAGGGCGGGUGUAUGACACACCCGAGAUCGAGCCCGAGUUUGUCUUUGACGACGCCAACGCCGCCAUGGCCGCCCUCCUCAAGCACCAACCCGAGGGCGAGAGUGUCGCCGCCAACCUGCGCCACAGCGCACCGCCGCCGCGGCAGGCAAUUCGAGAGGUCCGGGUCGAGUAUCUGCCCGACUCAGACGGUGAUGAAGGCGGCGAUGCUGAUGACCAGCCUCGUGCUUCGGACUGGCGGCUGGAUCCUGCCGUCCGAGCAAAACAGCUGGACAAAGGUGUCGACGUCAUCGGGCUGAGCCAGGCCGAGAUCGAGAAGCAAGUCUACGCCGAUAUGGCAGCCGAGCAGGCCGAGGCCGAGCGUCUGGCGGCAGAGCUGAGAGCGGCAGAAGAGGCUGCGGCCGAAGCCGAGCGACAGCGUGCAGAGGCAGAGCGUCUGGCGCAGGAAGAGGAGAUGCGGCGGCUGGCGGCUGAGCGAGCACGGCAGGAGGCAAUCGCUGCCGAGCGUCGACGCGCGCUAGAAGCAGCGCAGCGCGAGGCGCUCGCGCAGAAGCGGAUCCGACAGGCCGGCGUCUGCUGCGCCGGCUUCCGCUGGAACAAGAUCGCCGGUGGGUACCAGUGCGCCGGUGGCUCACACUACCUCUCCGACGGACAGCUUGGCCUUGGCUGA